CACCUCAGCAGCAGGAUGCAACGCAAACGCCGACCGAGAUCGCGCGGGAAGGCCGGCAGCGGGAGCUUCCACGCAUGCGCCUGGUUGCCAAGUGGGUGGGCGCGGGAGUCCUUCAGCAGGAGCGAGCGGGGGAGACAACAACAGUCGUUGUCGCGCCGCCGCCGCCGCCGAGGAAGCGUUUGAGGGCUGCCGUCCGUUCUUUUAUCUCCCGCCACCACCGGGGAAGGAAGAAAGUCAGGCUGAGGAGCGGGGCCGUCGUGGCUAGUGGAUUAAAGGCGAGGAGCUGUCCUUUCCUCGGAGCCGUCCUGCCUCAGAGCCGUCCUGGGGGAGCGAGCGCUAGGCUCUCCCUUCACCAGCGCAACGGAAUCUGCCGAGUCUCUCCGGGGACAAGGCUUGCCCGCUUCUGCGCCCGCCGUCGCCCUCUCUCACCCGCGCACUUGCUGGCCCGCGGAGACGGAGAAGACGUCGCCGCCGCCGCCACAGCCGCGCUGCCCUGGGGGCUGUACGGAGCAGCGGCCCCGGGCUCGUCAGGAAAAGCCGCCUCCUCUGCUCGUCAAUGAACAUCGCGGCUCAGGAGCUCCACUCCGGCAGGGGGGAGCCGGCUUCAGGAGCAGCCCCGGCGGCGCGGGGAGCAGCAUGUGGAUCCCAACGGAGGACGAAAAAUACGGCGUGGUUAUAUGCAGUUUCCAAGGACAUGUGCAGCAAGGCUUAGUUCUAGAACUAGGAGAAACUGUUCAGAUCUUGGAAAAAUGUGAAGGUUGGUACAGAGGAAUAUCAAUAAAGAGACCUAGCAUAAAGGGAAUCUUUCCUGCAAAUUACAUUCAUUUGAAAAAGGCACUGGUCAGUAACAGAGGGCAGUAUGAAACAAUUGUUCCACUUGAAGAUUCUGUUAUUACUGAAGUUACAGCAACUCUCCAGGAAUGGGCUAUCCUCUGGAAGCAGUUAUAUGUGAAACAUAAGAUAGAUCUGUUCUACAAGCUACGCCAUGUGAUGAAUGAACUGAUUGAUCUUCGCAGACAAUUACUUUCUGGUCAUUUGACCCAGGAUCAAGUUCGAGAAGUCAAGAGACAUCUCACUGUACGAUUGGACUGGGGAAAUGAACAUUUGGGCUUGGAUCUUGUCCCACGGAAGGAGUUUGAGAUUGUCGAUUCUGAUCAGAUCAGUGUGUCUGAUCUAUACAAAAUGCAUUUAUCCAGUAGGCACAGUGUGCAACAAAGCAUAUCACAGGUGGAUACGAUGAGGCCACGCCAUGGAGAAGCAUGCCGCCUGCCAGUACCUCACCAUUUCUUUCUCAGUUUAAAGAGUUUCACAUACAAUACAAUUGGAGAGGAUGCAGAUGUGUUCUUUUUUUUAUAUGAUGUUCGAGAAGGGAAGCAGAUCAGUGAAAGAUUUCUGGUAAGGUUGAACAAGAAUGGGGGGGCCAAAAAUCCAGAGAAGAUUGAUCGGAUGUGUACACUUUUUACAGAUCUUGGCAGCAAAGAUAUGAAGAAAGAUUUGUACAUAGUUGCCCAUGUAAUCCGAAUAGGGCGUAUGUUGCUAAAUGACUCAAGAAAGGGUCCAGCUCACCUCUAUUACCGUCGCCCAUAUGGCUGUGCUGUAUUGAGUGUCUUGGAUGUAAUGCCAUCAAUCUCUGAACUCAAAGAAGAAAAGGAUUUUGUUCUCAAAGUUUACACGUGCAACAAUGAGAAUGAAUGGCAUCAGAUCCAUGAAAAUAUAAUUCGCAAGUCGAGUACCAAAUAUACAGCACCCAGUUCAAAUUAUGGACUUAUAAUUUCUCUUCAAAUUGUCCGUGGAGAAAUGGAACAAAUUCGAAGAGAAUAUCCUAUUAUCUUUAACAGAGGGGUGUCUAUUACAAGAAAAAUAGGAUUCCCAGAUGUGAUCGUGCCUGGUGAUAUACGAAACGAUUUGUACCUGACUUUAGAGAAAGGAGACUUUGAGAGAGGUGGAAAAAGUGUUCAAAAGAACAUAGAAGUAACUAUGUACGUUCUCUAUGCAGAUGGAGAAAUUUUAAAACAAAAGAUAAAGGAGAAAAGAAGCUCUUUGGCUUUGCAUUUACACCAUUAAUGAGAGAUGAUGGCACUACCUUAUCUGAUGAUAUUCAUGAGCUUUAUGUUUAUAAGUGUGAUGAAAACAGCACUUUCAAUAACCAUGCACUUUACUUGGGUCUUCCAUGCUGCAAAGAAGAUUAUAAUGGUUGUCCCAACAUCCCUUCAAGCUUGAUAUUUCAGCGCAGCACCAAAGAGUUUUUUUCAAUCUCUACUCAGCUGUCUUCUACCAAACUUACUCAGAAUGUGGACCUGCUUGCUCUUCUGAAAUGGAAAGCAUAUCCAGAUCGUGUAAUGGAUAUUUUAGGAAGACUGCGCCAAGUCAGUGGCGAAGAAAUUGUUAAGUUCUUGCAGGACAUUCUGGAUACAUUGUUUGUAAUUCUGGAUGAUAACACAGAAAAAUACGGACUUCUGGUAUUUCAAUCUUUGGUGUUUAUCAUAAAUCUCUUGCGUGAUAGCAAAUAUUUUCAUUUUCGACCUGUAAUUGAUACUUAUAUUCAGAAGCACUUUGCAGGAGCUUUAGCAUAUAAAGAACUCAUCCGCUGUUUGAAAUGGUAUAUGGAUCGAUCAGCUGAUCUAGUACGACAGGAUCAUAUUCAAGAAGCAAUGCGGGCAUUGGAAUAUCUUUUCAAGUUUAUUAUUCAGUCUCGGAUCCUUUACUCCAGAGCUACUUGUGGAAUGGAGGAGGAACAAUUUAGAAUUAGCAUCCAAGAACUUUUCCAGUCCAUCAGAUUUGUACUCAGCUUGGACAGCAGAAGCUCUGAGACUCUCAUCUUUACACAGGCUGCUCUAUUGAAUUCUUUCCCUGCCAUUUUUGAUGAGCUAUUGCAGAUGUUCACAGUACAGGAGGUAGCAGAGUUUGUGAGAGGAACUCUUGGGAGCAUGCCCAGUACAGUGCAUAUUGGACAAUCUAUGGAUGUGGUUAAAUUGCAAUCUAUAGCUCGUACAGUUGACAGUCGCUUAUUUUCAUUCUCAGAAUCUCGGCGAAUCUUAUUACCUGUGGUCCUUCAUCAUAUUCAUCUUCAUCUGAGACAACAAAAAGAGUUGCUUAUCUGCUCUGGAAUUCUUAGCAGUAUCUUCUCUAUCAUCAAAACUAGCUCCGUGGAGACAGAUGUAACUGAGGAGGUAGAAAUGAUGGUGGAGAGCCUCCUGGAUGUACUAUUACAAACUCUUCUGUCUAUUAUGAGUAAAUCACAAUCUCAGGAGGCGGUAAGAGGGCAGCGUUGUCCACAAUGCACAGCUGAAAUCACUGGGGAAUAUGUAUCCUGUCUUUUGUCUCUACUUCGUCAGAUGUCAGACACUCAUUUUCAACAUCUUUUGGAAAAUUUCCAGAGUAAAGAUGAGCUAAAGGAAUUUCUUCUAAAGAUUUUCUGUGUGUUUCGAAAUCUGAUGAAGAUGAGUGUCUUUCCUCGAGAUUGGAUGGUGAUGAGAUUACUCACCAGCAGUGUGAUAGUUACAACAGUGCAGUAUCUGUCUGCAGCACUACAUAAGAAUUUCACGGAAACAGAUUUUGAUUUUAAGGCCUGGAACUCUUAUUUCAGCUUGUCAGUUUUAUUUAUCAACCAACCUAGCCUGCAGCUAGAAACAUUUACUCCAGCUAAGCAGAAAAAAAUUCUGGACAAAUAUGGUGAUAUGCGUGUGAUGAUGGCAUAUGAGCUUUUUAGCAUGUGGCAGAAUCUGGGGGAACAUAAAAUUCACUUUAUUCCUGGAAUGAUCGGUCCUUUUCUGGGUGUCACACUUGUGCCACAGCUAGAGGUCCGCAACAUUAUGAUCCCCAUUUUUCAUGACAUGAUGGACUGGGAACAGCGAAAAAAUGGCAACUUCAAACAGGUGGAGGCAGAAUUGAUUGAUAAGCUAGACAGUUUGGUAUCAGAGGGAAAAGGAGAUGAAAAUUACAGGGAACUCUUCAGUCUGCUAACCCAACUGUUUGGGCCUUAUCCCAGCCUGCUAGAAAAGGUAGAACAAGAAACUUGGAGGGAGACAGGUGUUUCGUUUGUUACAUCCGUUACUCGUUUGAUGGAGCGCCUCCUUGACUACAGAGACUGUAUGAAAGGAGAUGAAACAGAGAACAAGAAAAUUGGUUGCACUGUUAACUUGAUGAAUUUUUAUAAAUCUGAAAUUAAUAAAGAGGAAAUGUAUAUCCGCUAUAUACACAAGUUAUGUGACAUGCAUCUGCAGGCUGAAAAUUACACAGAGGCUGCUUUUACAUUGCUUUUGUAUUGCGAGCUACUACAGUGGGAGGACAGGCCUCUUCGGGAAUUCCUCCACUAUCCAUCUCAGACAGAGUGGCAACGUAAAGAAAAUCUUUGUCGGAAGAUUAUUCAUUAUUUUAAUAAAGGCAAGAGCUGGGAAUUUGGAAUCCCAUUAUGCAGAGACCUGGCUACUCAGUAUGAAACAUUAUAUGAUUAUCAAAGUCUCAGUUGGAUUCGGAAAAUGGAAGCCAACUAUUAUGACAAUAUAAUGGAACAACAACGGUUGGAACCUGAAUUUUUCAGAGUUGGCUUUUAUGGAAGAAAAUUUCCUUUCUUCCUUCGUAAUAAAGAGUAUGUUUGUCGAGGCCAUGACUACGAGAGAUUAGAGACCUUCCAACAAAGAAUGCUUAGUGAAUUUCCACAAGCCAUUGCAAUGCAACAUCCAAAUCACCCAGAUGAUAGCAUAUUGCAGUGUGAUGCCCAGUACUUGCAAAUCUAUGCAGUGACUCCAAUUCCAGACAAUAUUGAUGUACUACAUAUGGAUCGUGUCCCUGAUCGCAUAAAGAGUUUUUAUCGAGUUAACAACAUCAGGAAAUUCCGCUAUGACAGGCCUUUUCACAAGGGCUCCAAAGACAAGGAAAAUGAAUUUAAGAGCUUGUGGAUUGAACGUACCACUCUAACCCUGACUCACAGUUUACCUGGAAUCUCUCGGUGGUUUGAAGUGGAAAGACGAGAAUUGGUUGAAGUAAGCCCAUUGGAAAAUGCUAUUCAAGUUGUGGAGAACAAAAAUCAGGAAUUAAGGACACUAAUAAGCCAAUACCAACACAAACAAAUGCAUGGGAACAUCAAUCUACUCAGUAUGUGCCUGAAUGGAGUUAUUGAUGCUGCUGUGAAUGGUGGCGUAGCACGAUAUCAGGAGGCCUUUUUUGAUAGGGAUUAUAUUUCCUCUCAUCCUGGAGAUGCAGAAAAAAUCACACAGUUGAAAGAACUGAUGCAUGAACAGGUGCAUAUCCUAGGAAUAGGUCUGGCAGUACAUGAGAAGUUUGUACAUCCUGAGAUGCGUCCACUACAUAAGAAAUUAAUUGACCAAUUUCAAAUGAUGCGAUCUAGCUUGUACCAUGAAUUACCCACUCUGGAAAAAUUAAGUCCAGCCUGCUCAGGAACAAGCACACCACGCAGCAAUAUGCUUGUAUCACACAGUCCAAUGAGUCCAGAGAGCAUCAAAGUAAUGCAUCGACACAGCCCAUUGAAUAUGCUGGGUACGGUCCGACACUCAUCAUCUUCCCUGUCUUCCCAUACAUCAAGUGAAACAGGAAAUAUGGUUAUAUUAACAGACAGUUCUGUUGGAGAAAAUGCAGAGGAUGUGUACCACAUGCAGGCCAGUCCUUCCACCUCAAGCCUGAGCUCUACCCAUUCCGCACCAUCUCAAAUGAUCAACUCUGCACCUGCUAGUGCAAGAGUGCUGAAGGGUGCUGGAUUGACAACUCUGGAGGCUGAAGCCCUCUAUUUAUCCACAGAACAGAUACAGCCUGGGCGGCAGCAGUGCAAGCUUUCCCACGCUGCCCCCACCAAUGUGCCUCAUCUCUGUCCUGGAGGGACCACCUCUAGAGGCUCUCCCUCUCUACCAGAUAAAUACCGUCAUCAUCGAGAAUUAAUGAUGCUACUACCAGCACACCGAGAUCGGCCUAGCAGUGCUAUGUACCCUGCAGCUAUCAUGGAAAAUGGACAGCAUCCAAAUUUCCAGAGAGCCUUAUUCCAGCAGGUAAUUGGACCAUGCAAACCCUGCAGCGAUCCUAAUCUAUCUGUUGCUGAAAAAGCUGUUUCAGCAGCACCAAGCAGCUGGAGUCUGGACAGCGGAACCAGAGAGGCCCUACCAUUCCUGUCUGCUCAUGUUGGGAGCAUCCUGGUCCCACCAGUGCCUCCCCGAAGCCUGACCCAUGGCCACUAUUUACUACACUUUGAUGCCUUCCACCAUCAUCUUAAUGACGCUCCCCCAGCGCUGCCUGCACGAACACUGCGCAAGUCACCUCUUCAUCCGAUACCUGCAUCCCCCACAAGUCCCCAGUCUGGCCUGGAUGGAAGCAAUUCCACUCUUUCUGGUAGUGCUAGCAGUGGUGUUUCCUCACUAAGUGAAAGUAAUUUUGGCCAUUCAUCUGAACCCCCUCCUCGAACAGACACCAUGGAUUCUGUUCCAAGCCAGACAUGGAACACUGAUGAAGACUUAGAGACGCCCUAUCUCCCUGUCAGGUACAGUCUCUCAGAACCUGAUGUUUUAGAAACUCUCAAAACUCAGCCAUGCCGAAGCCACUCCGCUCCGUCUGGAGUCAUUCCUCAGGAUACUAUGGACCCUCCAGCUCUACCCCCAAAACCGUAUCAUUCCCGUCACCCAAAUGAAGAGGGAAUUAUCCUGGAAGAGGACGAAAAAUAUCGAGCACUGCAUCGCAAAAUUGCCCAACCAGCUACUGGUGCAAAAGAGGAGCAGGCAAGGGUGGCAUGGGAGCAUGGCAUCAGCGAGCAGUAGGCAAAAUUGUCAGGGCAUAGUUUGUACAAUCAUUCCAGGUUUUAGAACCAGAACAGUGAAAAAGCAGAGGAGAAGUUGUUUUUCUUCUGCUCUGUGAGAUUGACUGGAAUCAGAGACUGAGCCAGCAUGUAAAAAACUGCUGCUUUCCUUUUUAUUUAAUUUUAUACUUUCCAGGUUUUUAGUGGUUUGGGAUUUGUUUUUUUCCCCACACUGGAUGCUACAUUCCUUCUACAAUUUCAGAUAACAGGAAGAAUUGAAUGACACAAGGGGAAGCAGCAUGGGAUUUUUACAAGCUUUCCUCUUGGUUUGAAGAUGUGCACAAAUCGAAGCAGUUGCACUAGGAAUGUGUUUAUUUGUUGUGUUAAAUGGAUUUGGAGAUUCCAUGAAAUGUCAAGCCAGAAGGUGCAGUUUAAAGUUUUAAGUACAGUGAAUUCUGCUUUUGAAGAUAACUGGAUCUUUCAGGCUUGAAGCAUAUGAACUCUUUUGUGGUGAUCUCCUUGCACUGCCUCAGGAAUGCUGAAGCAAUCUGACUUAUGUUCGCUUGCUAUUGCCUAUUUUACAUAUUUCCUAGUUUGCUAGACUUUUUAUUUCAAUUUCUUUUCUCAUCAUGGUGUUAUUCAAACAAUCUGUAGCCCAUUUCUGGCCAGCUGUGCCUAAAGAAGCUUUUGGCCCCAGCAUUCUUUUAUUCUUAAAAAAUGGUGUUGCCAAAAGCCAAUUCAGGAUUGGCAAAGAAUAACUAUGAGUCAGCAGCUGGGAAUGUGGUCUAGAAUAAAAUAAAAGGAAGAUCUGAGUGCAUACUUGAUCUUUGCCUCAAAUGUCUUGUAUCAUAUUCUCUAAAGACUCACCAAAAAAAUAAAAACCUGUUCCAGUGGGUUAAGGUAGAGGUAUUAAAAUUGUGACUGAUUGAAAGACAUUGGUAUACAGAGAAAGGAGCUACUUAAUUUAUAUUCAAGAACUAGUUCCACCAAUUAAUUUUACAUGUUGUCAUACAUUUCCACCAAAGGAAUCAUGAUACAUGGUGUCAUAUAUUAUGCAGUAGUUGAUAGCAUAACUAAACUUGGAAAAGUGUAUGAAAAUAUAUUAAAGGAAUACACAUUAAGCAAUAUGGAAAACUUAUAAUGCAAAAUAGUUUUAUAUUGAUAAUUGAAUAAUUUUAAUCAAUGCUUCAUUUUCUUAUAAUUCAUUCCAGGUUCUUAAAAUGGAAAAUAUAAAGGGGAAAGCUUUACGAUCCAGAUUUGUUUUUGUUUUUUGCCCAGUCUCUGAAAAGGAAAACAUUCCAUUUAUUUUUGCAUUUUCCACAAGCACAUUGUGAAAAAUGUAUAAGUUGAUGGCUGUACCAUAAAAGUCCAAACUAAAUUAUGAGUCACUUAACACUUUAGGAUCCUAUUCACUAUAUGGAUUUACUCUGUGUUUCUCCCACAAAAGUCAGUAAUUAAGAUAUCUAUCCAUUAAUAGAACAUGCAACAUUGGUAGAAUGGAUUUUCUUUCUUGUGCCCUUUAUACUCUCAAAAUUUACUCUUCUUUGAAGCAGACUGGAGUAUAAAAGCAAAAAAGAAUAGCCAAUGUAUGAAUGAAGGUCUGCUCGUGAAAUGUUAAAUAGAAUCUAGGAAAAAAAACAAAUUUAAAAUCUUCAUUUCUUUAAUCAGUGAAUAAUUAUUUGUAGGGGGGGGGAACAAAUCUAAAAACCAAGGGUACAGUGUCCACAGCUUCCUAUGGCUGAAUUUGCUUUUCAUGGAAGUACAAGUAGUCCUCAACUUACAACCAUUUGUUUAACAACCACUUGAAGUUUUAACAGUGCUGAAAAAACUGACUAUUAAUUGGUCUUUGCACUUACAGCAUCCACACGGUCAUAUGAUCAAAAUUGGGUGCCUGGCACCUGGCCUGUAUUUACAAUGGUUGCAGCAUCUCAGGGUCACAUGUUCAGGAUUUGUGGCCUUCCCAGGGGUUUUCAACAAGCAAAAUCAAUGGGGGAAGCUAGGGUUUCACUUAAUAAAUGCAGUAAAAAAAAAAGAUAGUAAAAUCGAUUGCGACUCACUUAACAAUUGCACUGUUUAGCAAUAGAUCAUGAUAAAAAAGGUAGUGAAAGCAGGAGCGACUCACUUAAACAUUGCAUCACCUAAUAAUGGAAGCUCAUCUCCCAAUUGUGGUCAAAUAUUGAGGAGUUGUUCAGUUACUUUCCUCAAUGUCUCUUCUGUGCAAAACACACGUUAACUUCUUAAGUGAAGUGACAUGAAAAAUUAUUUUGUUUACAGUCAUUUCUUAACUUUAGUCCCAUUAGCAGCAUUUUCCCAUUGGUGCCCCCAUCUACAAAAGCACAGUAGAAAAUAUAAGUUUCAAAUUUUAGAACAUCAAACAUCCAGGCAUUCUAAAUUUCACUCAUCCAAAACUCCAGCAGGAUUCUUAAAGCAUAUAAUCUUUUUGAAGUUUGAAAAGAGCGGCAGAACUCCCAAGCAUGUUUAACUAAAAUAUUUGUCAAUGAAUUUAGAGUCUUAUUCUAUAGUAAGUAAUGGUUAGAGGAUUGAAUUCUGAUAUUAACUAUAUAUAUAUAUAUAUUUUCUUUUUAUUUAGCUUGGAGGUUUUUUUUAAAUAUAAUAUAUUUUAUAAAUUUAUAUAGCUGACUAUCUACUAAUGGAACUCUGGGUGACAACAAAAGUUAAAAUAUAACAUACAAAUCAGUCGAAGCUACUUAAAAACACUACCAGCACCUCCCCCAGACACAAGUCAGUGAGGUUUAUAUAGCAGCUUACUAUAUUGUAUCCACAACUGUACCGUGGGCCAGUUGGAGCUUGCAAACGCUGUUGAAGGGCGGCCUCAUAUACAACGUUGCUAUAAAUCUAAAUGGAGGUGGUGGUGGUGGUUGAGUGCCAAUUUGGUGUAGUGAAAAAAUUAGGCUAAAAACCAGGAGACUUGAGCUCUAGUUCCACCUUGGGACCAAAGCCAACUGGGUAACCUUGGCCCAGUCAUUUCUUUCAGCCUACAAAAGGCAGUUGCAAACCAUUACUUUAAAAACUCGGCAACGUCAGGGACUUGUCCAGGAAAUCUCCAAGAUCUGGAUAUGAUUGACCAGAAGAAAGGAAAAUUGGGCACUGCUUCCCAAUCUAGGAACUGGCACAACUUCUAGACUUAAGGAGGGAAGAUCACUAGAUUCAGGGGUUUUUAAAAGACACAGGUCUGAUUUCAUCAGUUGAGAAAAAAACCCCUGUUAUUCUCCACCACUCUCCCAGCAUCCAGGUACUGGCAGACUACCUCAACAGUAUCAAUUGGAUGGCCUGGGGCAGAACAGAAUAACUGAGUAUCUUCAGCAUACUGAUAAUACUUGAUUCAAUGCCAACAGAUGACCUCACCCAGAGGUUUCAUGUAGAUGUUAAAUAGGGUAUCAAGGACCAAAUACAUUCAUAUUUACCAUAAUCACCAAGUUCUGUGGAGUAAAGCCCAUUCUGAUAUAUUAAUAAGAAUUUUCGGGAUCCAUUAUUUUUCAGUUUCUUUUAUGAUGUUGGUGCGUGUCCACACAAGUUUGUGAUAGCUUUUUAAGGGAAACAUUGUGUAUAUAUCUGUGUGCAAAGUAUAAAAUCAGAUUUCCAGUAUAUUUUAAAAGAUAAAUGUGAAACUAAGCAUUGUAUAAUUUGGAACUGGAAGAUCACAAAAUACAGGUAGUCCUCAACUUAUGACCAAAAUUCAGUCAACAUUUUAUUACUAAGGGAAACGUUUGUUAAAUGAGUUUUGCCCCAUUUGAGACUUUUCUUGUCACAGUUGUUGUGAAUCACUGCAGUUAUUAAAUU